UGUGUGACUAUAGCCGGCUGUAGUCGCCUCUUCGCCGUGUGCUUUGAUUGGUCUGGCUGUGUAGAGAGCUCUUGGGUGUGGUAGUUGGUCAGUCAUGGUUCUUCUGGUUGUGUUGGGUAGCCUGCUACAGAUGCUGUUCCUGCGGUCGUGUGUGGGCCAGUUCCCCCGGCCUUGCGCCAACACAGAGGCGCUGCGGACCAAGCAGUGCUGCCCGGUGUGGGAGGGGGACGGGUCGGCAUGUGGGGCCAUGUCGGGCCGAGGGUUCUGUCAGGACGUGACAGUAUCUGAGGAGCCCCACGGGACACAGUACCCACACACUGGGAUAGACGACCGAGAACGGUGGCCGCUGGCCUUCUACAACCGCACAUGCCAGUGUGCAGGUAACUAUGGGGGUUUCGACUGUGGAGAGUGCAGGUUCGGCUACUUCGGCCCCGGGUGUGCCGAGCAGCGGGAGUCUGUGAGGAGGAACUUCCUCUCGCUGUCGGUGGCUGAACAGCAGCGGUUCAUUGCCUACCUGAACUUGGCCAAGAACACCGUCACCGCUGACUACGUCAUUGUCACAGGGACUCGCGCUGAGAUGGGUACAGAUGGGGAGAACCCAAUGUUUUCCGACGUGAGUGUAUACGACCUGUUUGUGUGGAUGCACUACUACGUGUCCAGGGACACACUGCUGGGGGGACCAGGAAAUGUUUGGCAGGACAUAGACUUUGCGCACGAGUCGGCGGCGUUCCUGCCAUGGCAUCGAGUGUAUCUGCUGCACUGGGAGCACGAGAUCAGGAAGAUGACUGGGGAUUUUAACUUCACUAUACCAUACUGGGACUGGCGGGAUGCAACAGACUGCACGGUCUGCACGGACACCAUGAUGGGUGGGCGGAGCCCGCUCAACCCCAACCUCAUCAGCCCAGGCUCUGUGUUCUCUUCAUGGAAGGUGAUCUGUACCCAGCCAGAGGAGUACAACAGCAGAGCAGCACUGUGUCCCGGGACAGGGGAGGGCCCUCUGCUGCGCAAUCCUGGUAACCACGACCCUAACCGUGUGAGGCGUCUGCCCACCUCGGCCGACGUGGAGUUUGUGGUGGGUAUAGAGACUUACGAGACGGGAGCCAUGGACCGCCAAGCCAACAUGAGCUUCAGGAACUCCCUGGAGGGUUUUGCGAGUCCUGAGACGGGGAUGGCUAUAACAGGACAGAGUACGAUGCACAACGCCCUGCAUGUCUUCAUGAACGGAACCAUGAGCUCAGUUCAGGGCUCAGCCAAUGAUCCCAUCUUCCUCCUGCACCACACCUUCAUAGACAGUAUCUAUGAACAGUGGUUGAGGAGACACACGCCGCCUCGCUCCCGCUACCCAACAGCCAACGCUCCAAUUGGUCACAACGAUGGUUACUACAUGGUUCCCUUCCUGCCUCUCUACCGCAACGGUGACUACUUCCUGGGAAACAAGGUCCUGGGCUACGAAUACUCCUACCUGCUUGACCCAGGCACGAGGUUUGUCCAGGAGUUCCUGACUCCCUACAUGCAGGAGGCUCAGCUGAUCUGGCAGUGGCUCCUGGGAGCAGGACUCAUCGGUGCCAUCCUGGCAGGAAUUGUCAUGACGACCGGGGCCCUGUUUGUCAGGAGGCGGAGCCAGAACAGGAAGAUGAAGUCGACUUCAUCCUUUGGGGAGAGACAGCCCCUCUUACAUAGCAGUUUAGAGGAAGGAUCAGGGACCUCCUACCAGACCACACUGUAAUACACACACACACACACACACACACAUUUCAUUCCAAUAUGCCUCAUUCUGCUGCUCUUGAUCUGAGGGUUAAAUCUGACACAUAUCAAUCAGUAACCAAGAGCUUCUAUUUAUUAGGAAGACGUUCAGUGACAAACAUGAAAUGAUCAAUCAUAUUAAAGUCCAACUGCAGGACCACAACACUACAGUCAAACCGUAUGCGACAGGUAUUUGGGUCUGUUGGUGUUGGUUUUGUUUCCACUCAGUGCUGUCUAUGGGCCCAGUCCCCAUUCCCUCUUCUAUUCCCCCCUUCCUUCCCCUCUCCC